GACAAACCCAGGCUUUCAUGGUGCAGCAGGAACACCGCCCUUUUCUCCACCUUCACAAAUCAAUCCCAACAGGAGCACCGCCCUGGUCUCCUCCUGUUCAUGGAUUCCUUCUAAGACGAAAGCUCCCUCGAUCGAGCGGGUGCAUCCGAAUUGCUGCAACAUUCGCCGUCGGUAGGCCGGGGGAGCCGAAAGGGAGCUGCAGUGGAGAUGAGCUACGGGAGCAGCUCGGUCGCUUCAGGCGCUAAAACUACCGGAAGGUCGUACGAGUUUGGGAGGACGUAUGUUGUUAGACCCAAAGGGAUGCAUCUGGCUACCGUUGUGUGGCUUCAUGGUCUUGGUGAUAAUGGAGCAAGCUGGUCACAACUUCUGGAAACCCUCCCCCUUCCAAAUAUUAAGUGGAUAUGCCCAACUGCUCCUACCAGGCCUGUAGCUGUUUUUGGAGGAUUUCCUUCAUCUGCCUGGUUUGAUGUUGGUGAUUUGUCAGAAAGUGGCCCUGAUGAUGUUGAAGGAAUGGAUGCAUCAGCUGCACAUGUCGCAAAUUUGUUGUCGGCAGAACCUGCAGAUGUCAAACUUGGUGUUGGCGGCUUUAGUAUGGGUGCUGCCACGGCCUUGUAUUCUGCAACUUGUUCAGCCCAUGGGAAAUAUGGAAAUGGCAAGUUGUACCCUGUGAAUUUACGUGCCGUUGUCGGUCUAAGUGGAUGGCUGCCAUGUGCCAGGAGCUUAAAGAACAAAUUAGAAGGUGAUACCGAUGCUGCAACAAGGGCUUCAUCUUUGCCUAUUCUACUUUGCCAUGGAAAAGGAGAUGAUGUAGUGCCAUAUAAACAUGGAGAAAAAUCUGCUGAGGCUUUAAAAUCAUUUGGUUUUGAGAAUCUUCGUUUUGAAACAUACAAUGGGCUCGGUCACUACACGGUCCCUGGAGAGAUAGAUGAUGUUUGCAAGUUCCUUACUGCAACGCUGGGACUUGACGGUUCUCAACCUUAGUCAAGGAACAAUCCUUUCGUCAUGUUCACCACUGGGAUUGAGAAGAAUAAAUUGUUUGGUGUGGUAGAUGAAUAGAUUUUCCAUUUCAUACAGUUGGUGUGGGAUUUAAGAUAAAUAUGGAUCACGCUUGAGUAAUGGCAUUUCAUAUAUUUGAUUUGGGCUUUGUUAUAAUAUCGAUCAUGCUUUUGAGCAAUGGUAUCUUGAUGGCAAUUGUAUUAGCCUGAAAUAUUUAUUUUUAGAGAUGUUGGUUAUUUGUAUGAA